UGGGUGUGGGGAUACACGGUAGCGUCUUCCCCAGGUUCGGCUUAAGCAAAUGUGAGAUCGCAAUGCAAUCGAGAAAAUAUCUGAGGAGCAAACCACAUUUUACAUCGAUCCAGCUCUAUACAUGGCCUUUCAAGAGUCGCUCUUCACAUUCCAUCCCGCCGCAUCCGGCUAGCGCCCACGCCUACCCCAGACCUGUUACCCGUUAUACCGAGCCAACGGCUACCCUCGGGCGUAUUCACAAACAAUCCAAGAAUCCCGACGGCUUAUGAACCAACUUCUGCUGUUGGCGAUGUGCCUUUCUCGCUUCCCUCCUCAAUCACCGUAAAGCCCGCCAUGUCGCGAGAAGCCGCUCGUUUCCUCUGUCGUUCCGCGCUCGUGGGGAGGACGCCAAUUCCUACCCGCACCAAGGCAUGCAGACUGGACGUGAUUCAAAGAAGGCGGUGGGGUCAGAGCAGAGGAUUCGCUGCGACGAAUAGCUUGAAGGUUGUUAAGCCAUAUAUUUUGGCGGAUAUCGGAGAAGGUAUCACGGAGUGCCAGGUUAUUCAGUGGUUUGUCAAGCCUGGGGCGCGCGUCGAGCAAUUCGAUCCUAUCUGCGAGGUACAGUCAGAUAAAGCGUCUGUGGAGAUUACUUCUCGGUUCGAUGGUGUGAUCAAGAAGCUAUACUACGAGCCAGACGACAUGGCCAAGGUGGGCAGGCCUCUGGUAGACAUCGAUAUCCAAAGCGAGAUCUCCGAAGCCGAUGCAGCGGUCCUUGACGGUGCCGUAGAGAACAAAACGGAGGAAGUACCGAACAAGUCAGAAUCGAAUACACAAAAAAUAGAAGUAGGGAGGAAUGACACUGCUGAGGCUACCGGAGACGUACCUACACAGUCAGCGCCAUCUCUACCAGCUGAACCCGUGCAAGAGGAGUCACAAUCUCGAAAACCGCCGGGCAAGCACGCCUCCUUGGCCACGCCGGCAGUACGCCACAUGAUCAAGGCCGCAAACCUAAAAAUUGAAGAAAUAGAGGGAACGGGCAGAGAUGGUCGCGUUCUCAAGGACGACGUACAAAGACACACCCAGGCAGCGAAGACUGGAGCAGGCACUACAGCACCACAACCUGCGCCCACGCAACAACUAGAAGACCGGAUCCAACCGCUCACGCCAAUACAGUCUGCCAUGUUCAAGAAGAUGGCAAUCUCGCUUUCAAUACCACAUUUCCUGUAUACAGACGGCGUAGAUUUUACAUCCCUCAACAGCAUUCGCAAGAAGUACAACGCUGCCAGAGAAAAGUCGCAACGCCUCACUACAUUUCCUUUCAUCAUAAAAGCUCUUUCUCUCGCAUUGCAACAAUACCCCCUGCUGAACGCCCGCUUGGACACAGAGACGAACCCUGGAAAGCCGCAAUUAGUCUAUCAGGGCUCCCAUAACAUUGGUAUCGCAGUGGAUUCGCCUACGGGCCUUCUUGUCCCUGUCAUUCGCGACGUGCAGACUCUCUCGAUCGAGCAGAUUGCCACAGAAAUAAUUCGCCUGAGCGACCUCGCACGCGCGGGGAAGAUCACCACGGCCGACCUGAAAGACGCAACAAUCACCGUGAGCAACAUUGGUAGUAUUGGCGGGGGCGUCGUAGCGCCUGUCAUAGUGUCACCACAAGUUGCGAUCAUAGGUAUAGGGAGGGCAAAGACGGUGCCUGCGUUCGGGAAAGAUGGAGGGUUGGUUAAGAAGGAGGAGUGCACGUUUAGCUGGAGCGCUGAUCACAGGGUUGUUGACGGCGCAACGGCAGCGAGGUGUGCGGAGGUUGUGAAGGGCUAUCUAGAGGACGUCGAGUCGAUGCUUAUUCGACUUCGAUAAGGGGCUAAGAAUCCAGGAGCAGCAAUUUAAACAACGAGAAGACGUAUGUAAAUUCCGUAAAGAUGAUCAUCGACCCAUGUUGAACUCGCGUGUGUUUA